CACCUGCUCAUAUGCAACUUCAAGCUGUCACAUACAGUUAAGCUCAGUAGGCUGAGCGCGUCUCUUCCUCCGCUCAAUGAGAACGUGCUGCGGAUUUGGCGGCCGACCUCGCGACGCAACAAAGGCCGGGGCCUCUCCUGUUUGUCUGCAGUGUUUCACUGAGCUUAUGCGCAUCUCUGUGACCCUACACGCACACACACACAAACACGCACACAGGCGAGCUGCAGGGGCUCGAGCCACGGGCUGGCCACGCGCGAGCUUAAGCGCGUAGACAGAAGCUGGAUGGGAGGAGGGGGAGGAGCUUAAACUUGGAGGUUAAAACCCAGAGCCCCCGCAGAGUGACCCACGCUGAGACUCAGUGGGACGAGUCUGAGUAGGGACACGGCACGGAACUCUUCCCUAGUUUGACAGAAGACAGAGACACGGCAGGAACCCAGAGCAAUUUAUUGGCAAACUUCCUGAGAGGCUCGUGAGACAAAUCAGCACGGUACUAUGAUGAUUAAACCGUAUGCGAGACAAGGUGAGGGAGAGGAGGUGGUCAGUCCUCUGCAGUGGAUGGAUGGAGACAUGAGCUCACCCGACAGAGAAGAAUCCGGCUCUUCACAACACUUCAGAGCUGCGGGAAUGCAUCAAGAGAUUGGGGAGAUGGGGAGCGAGGAUGCUGAGGAAGACGAGGAGGACGAGGAGGCAGGACUGGAGGAGGAGGAGGAGGAGGAAAACGAGUCCAAACGACGAGGGCCGAAGAAAAAGCGCAUGACCAAGGCCCGGCAGGAGCGGUUCCGUGCCAGGCGGGUGAAGGCCAAUGCCAGGGAGCGCUCACGGAUGCACGGCCUGAAUGAUGCACUGGAGAACCUGCGCUGCAUCAUGCCCUGCCACUCCAAAACACAGAAACUAUCAAAGAUCGAGACUUUACGGCUGGCUCGCAACUACAUCUGCGCUCUGUCUGAGGCCCUGGAGGGGGGUCUGUCCACAGAAAGCAGGGCCUUCAUGGACACACUGUGUAAGGGCCUCUCACAGCCCACCAGCAACCUGGUGGCAAGCUGCCUGCAGCUGGGACCUGCUACUGGGCCUGGAAUGAGGGCUGAGGACAGACACAGAGUCCGAGUAGCACCCACUCCUCUGGGUGGCAUGGUUAGCUACUCCUCCCCCGGCCUGCCUAGUCCACCAUACGGGACCUUUGACUCUGCUCACCUGCUCCACCUGAGGGCCAUGAAAGGAGGAGUGUACGAGAACCACUCACCUACUGAAUACAAUACAGGCGGUGUGGGGACCCCUCCAUAUGAUGGGCCCCCUACACCUCCUCUGAGCAUCAGCAGCAACCUGGUGGCCAAACAGGAGCCAUCGCCUCACUACCCACCCACACAGCACUACUCCCCCUCUCCUGUGGAGCAGGGCCUGUAUCAGACUCAGCCCGGUUAUGACGUACACUUAGACGGGGCAUAUGACUCCUACCAUGCAGCACACAUGCCCCCCCGACAGAUCACCUCCGCCUACAGAGACUGAGAAAGAUCAACACAACCUCACUGAUCAUCUUGUUCUUGAUGGACACUGAUGGACUGAAGACUGCUGAAUUGUUCUAGAAAGAUUGUUUAGUGAGGAACUGUUGAUAAAGAUGUUGAUGUGUGGUGCAUUUAGAGUCCUAUAGUGAACAUUUGUUUAAAAGAAAAAGAAAAAACUCAACUAAAUGCAUUUUCUUAGAAAACUAAUGACCAAAUGAUUUGAGGACCUCAAGGACCCUGACAGGACCACUUAGAUCAGAUGUCCUGAUACUGUUUUACAAGCACUUAAAACUCAGCUUUCGCUCCAUCUGAUAUUCCACACACGCUUAUAGUGUUUCUAUUUAUUCUCUAAUUUAAUUCUGUGUAGAUGAUGUGCUGGUGUGUGUCUCUUUCUGUAUAUAUUUGUGGUUUAUCUUUGUUUGCAACGUAGACUGAUAACUUAUCUCUUAUCUUUUAUUCCUGCCCAUAUUUUCUUGGUUCUUUGUCACAGCACAUAUACAUAUUCAGAGGUAGAUUUCUUAGCGCAUUGUAGCUGAUGUGUGUUGUCUACUGAAUGAAGAUGUCUGGAUUUUAAAACUGGUGGUUGUGGAAUCAAUGUGAAGAAGCACUAAUGCCCCUCUCAGGUAGAAAUUAAUAUUCAAACUAACUUUUCAAUGGAAACCUUGUCAUAUUUUAUUUCAUUUUUCUUUUUGUUUCUUGUCUCUUUUUGAAGAUGUGAUUUAUUAAAAGUAAAAAGUAAAAAAGAAAAAAUCAGUUCUCCAACUCUGUGUUUGGCAGCAUUUCAGCAUCACUGUCAGAAGCGAAGGAUCCUGAUUUGUCUU